AUGUGUCGUGGCGGCCGCAUGUUCGCCCCGACCAAGACCUGGCGGCGCUGGCACCGCAGAGUGAACAUCAUGCAGAAGCGCUACGCCAUCUGCUCUGCUCUGGCUGCCUCUGCCCUCCCAGCUCUGGUCAUGUCUAAAGGCCACCGCAUUGAGGAGAUUCCAGAACUUCCUCUGGUUGUUGAGGACAAGGUUGAGGGCUACAAGAAAACCAAGGAAGCUGUUCUCCUUCUGAAAAAGCUUAAAGCUUGGAAUGACAUCAAAAAGGUUUACGCCUCCCAGCGCAUGAGGGCUGGGAAGGGUAAGAUGAGGAAUCGGCGCCGCAUCCAGCGCAGGGGACCCUGCAUCAUCUACAACGAGGACAACGGCAUCAUCAGAGCCUUCCGGAACAUCCCAGGAAUCACUCUGCUGAACGUGAACAAGCUGAACCUGCUGCGCCUGGCUCCCGGGGGCCACGUGGGGCGUUUCUGCAUCUGGACAGAGAGCGCCUUCCGCAAGCUGGACGAUCUGUACGGCACCUGGCGCAAGGCUGCAACGCUCAAGAGCGACUACAACCUGCCAAUGCACAAGAUGACCAAUACAGAUAUUGGAAGAAUCAUGAGAAGCCAGGAAAUCCAGAAGGCCCUGCGUGCUCCAAAGAAGAAGAUUCAGCGCAGGGUCCUGAAGAAGAACCCGCUGAAGAACCUGAGAAUCAUGAUCAAGUUGAACCCGUACGCCAAAACCAUGCGGCGCAACACCAUCCUGCGGCACGCGCAGAACCACAAACUCAAGGAAGAGAAGAAAGCCAAGGCCCGGGCCAAGCUGGCAGACAAGGCCCCAGCUGCCCCCAAAGCAGAGCCUGCCGCCAAGAAGGCCAAGACAGCCAAGGCAGCCAAGCCCGCAGCCAAGGCCAAGGCUGAGGCGUAACCGCGGCUGUGCUGCCCCGGCUCCCUGCGGGGGCUGUGCCCGGGCUCUGUCCUGAAUAAACGCUG